CUCAACCCACAGUCUGGCAAGCAGUGUGGUAUCCUUCUGCACUCGGGAUGGGAAACAGACAGGCAUGUGAAUUAUUAUUUACCUCCCCUUCCCCAUCACCUCUUCCUGGUUCUUUGAAAUUAGUAACAUACCAAUGGAGUUAAUGAGGCAGAGGAGACUCUGAGAAGCAAGCCUUGGGAUUGUGGUUUUCUCUUUUAGGAGAGAUAAUAGUUUUGCUCGUGUUCCUUUGUUGUUAUUUGGCAACAUAAAAAUGUUCCUACGUUCCGUAGUAAAGUGCUUUGCAGAUGGACAGGGUUGUUAGAAAGGAGAUCGUAACAGUGAUUAUCAGGCACAAGAAUACAAUUUCAGGGGCUUUUCUGGUGAGCUGUUCUUUGUUUGUGGCUCUAAAAGGGUUUUUCCCCACUGGAGAGGACACACCAGGGUGGGGGCGACUCAAACUUUUAAUCGCUGACUAGAGAAUGAAAGAUGGGUGUGGGAAGGUAGAGUACAGCUAACUAAAGUCCCUUAGAGUUUGUUUGGGUGUGUUUUUGUGUUUUUUUUUAAAAAUCUGCCUUACAUAUUUUAUUUUAAUUGAGGAUGAUGGAGACACUAGAGACUGAAUUUUAGAGCUUUACAAUAGAUGUUCUUUACUUUUAGAAGCUCCGUUUUUCUGUGCUGGCUGCCAUGGGGAGGCCUGGGUCUUGAAGCAGGAUGAACUGUAACUGAUGAUAAUUGGGCAUGAAUUGGUUAAAUACUUGAGUCUUUCUGCGUGUGCUCAAAUGAUCAUUACGGGGCCAGUGGCAAGCCCACGUAACUAAGCAUUGGGCAGUGCCAAGCAUGAACUUUAUCCUGCAGUUCAGACAUGAAAGACUCUCAGGUGUGAAAUCGCUGCUCCAAUUUGUCAAUUAAAUUGGACUUAAUGGGGGGGGGUGUUGGUAGAGUUACCACUUUGAAUGCAUGGCUUGUAUUUCUUUACAGAUGAUAUUAUUUUGUAUCACAUUAGCCAGACUCCACUGUCUUCUUAAUAAAUAAAUAUGCCGAGAGUGAACAAGGCGUGCCUGAGUGAUCUGUGCUGUCACAGGACUCGUCGCUGUGAUUAGUGUUUGGUAAUUCAUGCUGUAGUUAGCUCUUAUUUAUUCUGUCUCAUCAAACAAUGCCUAUUUGUAAACCAGACCAGGCAGCAGACUUUCAGAAUUAUAUUAAAAAUUGUUGCUUUUUUUCCUUUCUUUUUCAAUCGCUCUGUGACUCGCCCUGCCCCUCCAAGGUCGACUCACAUUGCUUUUUGCCUUUGUGAGCAUUUAGUUUGUGCGGCUGCUUAAGUAGACCAGCCCUCCUGCUCCAGUGCCUUGAGUUUUAACUCUUUGGGGGAUUGGGUCGAGAAUGCUGCCUGCCUUCCUCAAGGAAAUGGCAAAGCAAGGACAAGUUAAAAAGAGGAAAUUUAUAGUCAUUUCUCAUCCCCCAAAGAAACAAAAACAACAAACCCAAGGGUUCCAUGAAAAAUAUCGGACAUUCCAUCCCUUUUACUCAUUUGGCUAAAUUUUUCCAAAUGUUUCAAAAUUCACGCUUUCUUUUUGGUUCUUGUUUUUUACUAUGAAGUGUAUUCAGAGAGGAAACUUUACAUAAAAAUGAAUGGAAUAAUGGAAUAAUUGCUUUCCUGCUUGAGAUUUCUUUUAACUUAUUACUAGCAGGAAAUAAUGUCCUGCACAUUCUAUUAAGGACAGGAUGCUGUAUGAGCUACACUGAUGGGAAGUGUGUUUGUGUAUGUGUGUGUGUGAGAGAGAGAGAGAGAGAGAGAGAGAGUGGGAUUGGGGUAAAGAGAGAAAGUGGAGUGCUGAAGGAAAAGAGGAGAGCCUGAAAAAUAUAGAGGGAAUUUAAAACAAAUCUGUUUUGGGGUCCUGUGUAGUUUAGUGUUGUGUAGACAGGCGGCAUCUGGAUCUUGUUACUUUCAAGCUAGUCAAAGCCAUCCACUUCUGGAACAUUUUUAAAGAAGCUAGACCCAUUAGGUGACCGAAGCUGAUAUUUGGGUCAUCAGAUCAGGGCGGUGGGGAUAUAAGAUCAGCUACUUUGGCUGUCGUGGUAGUUCAUAUUGAUUAUUAUGUUGUAAAAUUUCGACAGUGCUGUGAAGUUGUCGAAUACUGUUACAGUGGCUCUGAAAUGACAGACAUUAAUAACAUUCCUGAAAGCUGAAGAUGUGAAAACGUGCCCUGGUUUGAAACCCGGGCACACAGGGAAUGGGAAGAAGGAGGGUCAAUCAUACUUUAAAAUGUGGGGACUUUCUGACAGCGUGAAUGCUAUGUAAGAAAGUACUAUCAUGACCCAGUGUAGCAUGAAAACAACUAGGUUAUUUCAGUAUCAUUUUUUUGCUCCUUUUCUGCUUAUAUCUUAAAAUAUAAUCUAUACUAAUUUUGAAGGAAAUAUAUGCUGCUCGUGUUUAUUUAGUAAGCCUCAGUGGAAUUCAUAAAAUCUAUGGUCCUCCUAGCCUUGGCUUAUAGUUAGAGUCCUUUUUAAACUCAUAGCUAUUUAAAAUGAUGCUGAUAUAUAAAGAAUACUUAUGGUUGAUAAAAAUAGAGUUCCUGUGGUUGGCAAUAAAAGUCAUAUUCUGGGGACAUCGCAACUUAAGCUGUCCUGCAAAUUCAGGUGUUUUUAACUAAUCAACAAAAGCCACUUACUGACAUUAGUUUGGGGUGAAAAAUCUUUAUGGGGUUUUUAAAGAACUGAAAGGUUUAUUAUUGUGUACAUUCAGAAAGGACAAAAUACUGAACCUUCUCUUUCUACCUAAACAUGGGUGUUAGAUACAGCUCCUACUUUCUUAUGAUAAAACAAAAUGAAAGUAGGAUUUCUAAAUAAAUGGAAAUGUUUCCAUUUCUUCAAAUGCAAUUAAAGUUUUAGAAAAACUUGGGACACUUCCCUGCCUUCUCUGCUCCUCUUGUUUCCCAUUACAUGAGAACCAAUCCAUUAAUUUUGUUGCUUAAAAAGAAAAAGAAGUUAGAAAUAAGUUAUUUAUGCUUUUCUCCCUUUGAAUCAUUUUCUGAAUGCUUAAAAUAUUGUAUUAGACAAAUGUACAUGUAAGUAAAAUGAAAACCCAGUGAGCGAUGGUAGCUAGAUUGUAGUGUUCUAGUAUGCUUACUCUCCAAAACCCUGCAUUAAAAUUGUCAUUUGUCGGUUUUCGCUCUUGGGCAAUUUUUUCCCCUAUUACAAGAAGCACUUUCAAAAAGAAAUGUUUGUGAUUGAGCAGAAAAGAAGAAAUCUUGGUGACAUGUUAUAAUAUUUACAUAAGAGACAUAGCUGGAUUAAAAAACUCUUCAAUUAAAUGAAUUUAGUAUUUGAAGGCCACCCAGAAUAAUCAGCAAAUUUUAGAGAACAGGGACCACAAAAAUCGUUCAUUUGCUUAAUGAUAAUAUCCAUAACGAUGUUUGAUUGAGUCGUAACCUAAUAUUUCUCAGUAAUUUUGUGACAGCCCAUUCAACGCAACCAACCUGUUGCUAUUGCAUUGUGAGACCCAAGGUGAAUUUCAAUCUGAAUUUGAGGUACCUUGUGGAGGACAGUUUCUUGGAAAAGCAACUGAGUCACACUAGGAAGGCUAGAAAGGAAAAUAUGGUCACAGCCUGAUGGAUUGAUAUUUUGCUGCUGAGAAAUAGAUACUCUCAUAUGUGAUAUUUGGAAAACUUUAGUCUUCCCAAAAAGUUUAAAUUUCAUCCAAGCACACACAGCAAGCUUGUCCUUUCUUCCGUUUCCUUACCCUGACCAGGUCACGAUGUUUCUACCAAUCCACGGCGUGGUUUCUACUCAUGCUGCUUUCCCAUCAGCCUCCUGCUUUCCCUUCUUUGGCCAUCCGCUUGCCCUGAAGAUCUUGUAGAAAGGGAUUCAGACUAUGGGACCCAACAGGGUAUUUUUGGCUGGGGAGACUCAGAUUGUGUUCAGAGCCUGGUGUGAAGUCGGGGUCAGGUGUAGGGAGAAAUUCAUCAACUACACACUGAUUUCAGGCUGAGUUUCCAACCAUCUGCAGCCUGGACUGCCACCCAUCUCUCAAAGUCUAGCUAGAGCCCAAUUGAUUGUGCCAUAGAAAGAGCAAACACUUGAAACACAAAGGACUAAGGAGUAGGCAGAGGAAGAGAGAGGCUCCUAUGGGGCAAAGGAUAUUUCCAAAGAUGUGAAUGUACAGAUCCUUCAAAAACAAAAGAGAACAACCCCUUAACAUACUUCUUGCUCAUGAAAAUGUAGAAAAUCUUGCAGAGGGAGGGAAUGAGUUUAGAAUUUCCUUAGUACUUCCUGCCUCAGAUUUGCAUUGAUAGCCAGAGUUGGUAACUUGCCAGUUUUAAAACAGCCUUGAAAACUCCCAAGUUCUGUUUUCCUUUGAAAGGCUGAAACAUACAAAACUGGUUUUCUAAAAAUCUUCCAGCAACAGAACUUUUAGGUACAACUUCAACUAUUUCUUUCGCUUCAGGGGGGUCAUAUGAUCGCAUGAAACCAUGAUAAAUCUUGUUUGUCUCAUUUUAGAAUGCAUACAAUUUUAAUUGGUUUUAAAUAAGAGAAAUAUUGUAACAAGGGGCCACUCUCCCUUUCUAGUGGUUUUGUUUGCUUUACUCCCCCCCACUAUUUGUUAUCACUGGGAUUGUCUUUUCUAUAAAGCAGACAUUGUUUUCACAGCAGUAGGUUUAGUGCCUACUUAAAAGGAGAAGAUAUGUAAAAAGUUCAUUUUUUUCCUCCCUCCAGAAUCAUUCCAAAUUCAAAGGAAACCUCAUGUAAAUUUGUUCUCACAGUAUCUUUCUAAUGCAGUUUCCUUUCGCUUUCUCUCAAUUUGGGAAAAGAACAAUAGAAUUAAAACUUGAAAUUAUUUCUAUGAAGUCAUUAAAUCUAUUCGAGGAUUGGAGGUAGGGGUGAUUUGCACGGAGGGAAGCAAAAGAAGAGAAGGAGGAUGUAAGUUCAUCUCAGGUCCUUCUGGCUCCAGGAAUUCUGGAAAGCUUCAUUUUUGCACUAAUAUGAUUUUACACAAUCCUUUUUGACAUUAUCAGUCUUUUUGGCAGAGAGAGGGCUCAGUCACAAUUAUGCUCAGGCCAAAUUCUAGGAAAACCAGUCUUUUCCUUUAAAAGAAAAUCUUUUUAGUGUCGGACUUCUUAUUCAGAGUAAAUGGUUGAUGUUUAUCCAGAAUUGGCUUCGAGUACUACAUUAAAAUUGUGUUUUGUAACAGUCUCAUAAGCCACAGCUGUAUGUGAUUAAAUAGUGUCAUAUCAAAAGCAUGUGAGAAUAGACUUUUUUUAUACUAUAGCUGUUGCACAGCAAGAGAGCAGAUGAAACUGGAGGGAGAGCGAGGGCAACAGAGUAUUUAUGCGUGUGAUACCUGCGUUGAGGAUACGCGCUGCUGUUUUUUUCAGUAGUGGGGAAAAUGCUGAACUAUCUUGGACGUAAUUGAUAAAUACACUUUCUGAAAAUGGGGAUGGACAUGUAAGACCAAUUUUUAUUUUAAAUAUAGAGUGCCAUUUAAUUAGAAAACACACAUUUACGGAAGGGCCCGAAACCAAUACAAAUGGAAGGAUCAUCAUGACCCCACGCGGCACACAUUCAACAGUCCUAUGCACCAGCUCCCCACCCCAUGGCUCCUCCCAGCCCCAGCACAAACAGCAGCAGCAACAACAGCAGCAGCAACAGCAGCGGGGAACAGUUGAGUAAAACGAACCUGUACAUUCGAGGCCUUCCACCAGGCACCACUGACCAGGACCUAAUCAAGCUGUGCCAACCGUAUGGAAAAAUUGUAUCCACAAAGGCAAUUCUGGACAAAAACACAAAUCAGUGCAAAGGUUACGGUUUUGUAGAUUUUGACAGCCCUGCAGCUGCACAAAAAGCAGUAGCAUCUCUCAAGGCAAAUGGCGUGCAGGCGCAGAUGGCCAAGCAACAAGAGCAAGACCCAACAAACCUAUACAUCUCAAAUCUCCCCAUUUCUAUGGAUGAGCAGGAACUUGAGAAUAUGCUGAAACCCUUCGGACACGUCAUUUCCACAAGAAUACUAAGAGAUGCUAAUGGAGUUAGCAGAGGCGUUGGCUUUGCCAGGAUGGAGUCUACUGAAAAAUGUGAAGUGGUAAUUCAACAUUUUAAUGGAAAAUAUCUGAAAACACCACCAGGCAUCCCAGCCCCUAGUGAGCCUUUACUGUGCAAAUUCGCUGAUGGAGGACAAAAGAAGCGACAGAAUCAAAGCAAAUACACCCAGAAUGGAAGGCCUUGGCCCAGGGAAGGAGAGGCUGGCAUGGCUCUGACCUAUGACCCCACAGCCGCCAUACAGAAUGGAUUUUAUUCUUCACCGUACAGUAUUGCAACCAACCGCAUGAUUCCACAGACAUCUAUCACGCCAUUCAUUGCUGCUUCCCCUGUCUCCACAUACCAGGUCCAGAGUACUUCAUGGAUGCCUCAUCCGCCAUACGUUAUGCAACCAACAGGUGCUGUGAUUACGCCGACAAUGGACCAUCCUAUGUCAAUGCAGCCAGCAAACAUGAUGGGCCCCCUGACACAACAGAUGAAUCAUCUUUCAUUGGGCACAACAGGAACGAUUCAGUCCCAAGACAGGAUUAUGAUACUCCACCAGCUGUUGUGUCAGUAUAUGACUGCUGCCGCUCCUAUGCAAGGGACCUACAUUCCCCAGUACACGCCUGUGCCUCCGACAGCUGUUUCUAUUGAAGGUGUUGUUGCUGAUACCUCUCCCCAGACAGUGGCACCUUCAUCCCAGGACACGAGUGGUCAGCAGCAACAGAUAGCAGUGGACACGUCCAACGAACACGCACCUGCAUAUUCUUACCAACAGUCUAAACCAUAAACAAGACUGAAGAAUGUUGGUCUGAAACUUUGCCUUGAACGAAGAAACUUCAUUGAACAGGAAGUUGGCUUCCAGUUUGCACAGGCGUCGAUGGAAUGCUUUUUUUUUUUUCUACUUUACCCAGUGAAAACAAAGUGUUUUUAUGUGCUGUGCAAAUGGUUCCUUCAUGUGGUCUGACAGUUUAUUUUCACCAUCUUUUUUUUUUAAAGAAAAAAAUCCCAGAAGAGGAAACAAACAAACAAAAACCAACAACAAAACAAAAAACAGAAGGUUGACAUUAUAUCUGGAAGAACAUUUGAAGUCAGAAUUUACCAGAAGAUGUAGACAGAUUUUUUUUUUUAACAGAAAAUCAGAUGCCAAGAGGUGGGCAAAGCAGAAAUGGAAACAAAUUGUCUUCCUCAGUAAUUAAGCUCCUCUUUCUUUUCCCCUUUUUGUUUAAAUCUAGUAGGUUGGUUUUUUAUUUUAUUUUUUUCUUAGAAAUAUUUAGGUAAGGUUUAUCUUGAAUCUUAAUUGCCUUAAUUUUAAGGACGUCAAAGGCUCUCGAGGCAAGCUGUCAACGUCUUGUUAAAAAAAAUUCAAGAAAGAAUUGAAAUAUUGUGCCGGCUUUAACUGGUACAGAAGUUUAAGACUAUGAGUUUUUAGGGUGAACAAAAAACUGUACAGUUUAAAAGAAAAUGUUUUUCUUCAUUUGAAGAAAAUUUGUUGAUAAAAGAAACCAUGGCAACUGCAAGAAUUGGGAAAAUGCUGGGACUUUUCAUGAACUUUGUCUUAAGUGUUGAAUCAUUCUAGAAGGCUAAAACAUUUUACGGUAAAGUUAUUAAUGUUGGUUUAAAAACAACUGCAUUAGAAAUAAUGCGUGUUUGGGGGGCAGAAUGCAGAUUUUUUUUAUUUACGAAGCGUGAUCGCUAGCAAAAGCAUUAGUGCUUUUUAUCUGCAGUCUUUUUUAUGAGCUUUACAAAGUUUUUAGUCAGCUUUGCUUGUCACAUUGCAAAACCUAGCUUAAGAGCAUUAAAAAAAAAAAAAAACUUAAGUAGAUAGGAGCUUAUGGUCAAAAAGUGCAAAAAAAAAAAAACAAAAAAAGCAAUAGAUAGAGAAAUUGUUGACAAUUUCUGUAGUCUUUCCUAGUUGUGAUCAAAUUCAGCCUAUGGAUGGCCUAUUUUAUACCAAAGAUGAAGUGGCACCCUAUUGCAGUCCAGAAGAUAGAGGUUGUUUUCCUUUUCUUCUCUUUUCUUUUUAAAAAUUUUAUUUGACCUACAUGGCCGGACCAGUUCUUACUUUGUCGUUUGUUUAAACUACCUUCCACUGGUGUUUUAUAUACUGCAACACAGAACAAAACAAAAGGGUUUUUUUGUUUGUUUCUGUUUUUAUUUUUGUUUUCGUUUUUUCGUCAACGUGCAUUUGUUGAUACUAGUAGAAAGCUUGCACCUGCUAUGCUCAGCAGUUUGAGCUCGAAGAGUUCUGGAUACCAACUGACAGAGCCAAACGGCUUUAUACUCAUUCCGUGAGCUUUUCUGGUUCCUUAGUAGCUCUCUUGAACAGUGACACCUUUAUUGAUGGCCACCGAUAAUGAUAAUUGGAGACACUUGUUUAACAGGUUGAAAUUCCUUUCUGUGAACUUUGAACUAAAGAUCCUUCCCGAACUGGUAUGAAAGGUCACUUGUCAAAAAAGCUUAGUGUUGCUCUGUUAAGUGAUAUGUGGUCUCCUGAAAAGGUCUCAUUGUAUUUGUAACAAUAGUCUUCCUUCUCAAGUCCAGCGCCUCUAGAUUUUGUCUUCUCACCUCAGUCUUUGUUCAUCUGCCAUGGACUGCCACCUUGGUUCUGUAAGUGGGGAGGGGAGAUCUUCUUUUUGCCUCCUGUCAUUGUAUUCUCAUACCCUGGUGUUGUCAGAAGAAGGACAAAAAUAGACCUUUUGUUUCACUUUAACUCUCUGAGACAAGUAGGGCCAAUCAGAUUGAGGAUUCUGUUAGUGGAAUUUAGGUAAGCUUUUUAAAAUGCUAUUUGACAAUCAAGAAAUUGUAUGAUUUAUAUCGAUAAGAACCAAAAGAAUUAGGUUUGCUCAAUCUUUAAAGCCAAAGGAGAUAUAUUUGCAUUGAGAAUGAUGCAAAACUUUGUCUAAAAUGAAUUAGAUUGACUUAACAAACAUCUCUGCAUAUUUGACUCAUGGAAUCCAUGUUCAACCUGUAUAGUUUUACCUGAAAUUAAGACUAGGAACUUUGUUAGUUGAACCACGCACUAGAGUAGCUUUCUGAAGGGAUCAUUGGAAUCAGAUAGGUGAAAGUCUUUUCACAAACUAAGUCGGGGAAAACUGUCUUAGUCCAGAAGGAAGAUGGAAAUGCGUCAAGGGCACCGUAAAAGAAAACAGGGUAGGCUUUUAAAAACUAAAAAAAUUUUAAAAGGCAAAUCAUAUUCCCAUUAGAUCACUAUCAGUAAUGAGUUUGGCUGUUCCGAAAUUGUCAAUAUCCAAUCAUUUGUGACCUGUUAACAGAGGCCUCAUGUGGAAAUGGGCCCAGUUCUCUUCUUUGAAACCCCAUGGAUUGGAAGCUCAAGUCUUGAAAGUGGCUCCCUAUCUUUGCAGUCAAAUCAGAGGCACAAAUGGAUCCAAGAAAAUGUAGCAUGUGCUGCUACAGAGAAAUUCCAUCCGGUGACACCCAUCCGUAAUGGUUUUCCAUGCUCUAGAGAGAAUCCUAGAUGUGUACUUUCUUCUGUUCUGUUCUUCAAGCUUCUCAUGCAUUUCAAGGGUGGCACUUACGUUUUAUCUUUGAGAAGCGGGCCCCUGAGUUACAGGGGGUGUAAGGAACAUGUAUAGGAACUGUGCUUUUCGUUUCUUUUUUUCAGUCUCUGAACUCUUUGUAUAAAUAAGGAUUAUCCUGGGCAUAAUUCAUUUGAAUAUGAAACCAACAUGCUUUCUUUUGUUUCUGUAAACACACACACACACACACACACACAAAACCUUAAUGUGAUACAAAGAAAGUCUCAUUUACGCAAUCAGCAAUGAGGCUAAGAGGUAGCUACCAUGUGGCUGAUGAAUGUGCCUAGGUAACUUCCUGUUUCUAUUCAAAACUACUGCUUUAUUUAUACAUUCAGAAACAUUUUUUUCAACUAUGAAAUUUCAAUGAUCUUAAUUUUUUUAAGCCACUUCAGGCACAAGGAAAUUACCUGUCAUUUUAUGUGUCCAUGUGUGUUUUGUGUUUGGAUUUUUUUAUAUCAUGCCAUUGUAGAAAAUAUCUUAUUUCAAACCAAAAAGAAAAAAAAAAAAAAGAAGGCAAAAUGGCACGUGUUCAAAUUUGCAUCUGUCAUCUUACCUAAUGAUUGUUUUUAAGAGUCAUGUCUGGGGGGAAAAAAAGCAUCAACAGGUAAGCAGCAUUACAUUAUGAAGAAUAAAAUAACCCAAAAUAUGUGUUCAAUAUACACAGACGUCAGAAUCCUGACUUAAUCAGCAAUUGAUAUCAUGGUGAUUCUAAUCCUAUUUAGGGCUUUUUUUUUUUUUUUUAAGUAUUCUGGUUCAUCAGAUUUCCAAACAUUUAUUCAGAUAUUUCCAUUUUUCCUUUCAACUUUAAUUGCCAAGGCUUCUGAACAUCAGGAAACAAACCAAAGCCACAGUCCAAAUGGAAUAAAUGUUACCUUAUCCAAACUCUAGUUACAUGGUCAGUGGAGGAGCGGGUUUUCUUUUAACAAUGGUAAGGUUUUGUCAGGGGAUACAAAUUAUGCAUAGUGACUCAAUGCAUGGCCAUGUGUUCUGAAGAUGGGUCGGACCCUAGGAAAGCUAACGGUAAUGCUAGCAGGUGCUGGUGACUGCUUGUCCUUGAAGACUGGCACACCUCAAUUGUUGCAAGUGACAUAAUAUUCUUAAAACAACAAACAAACAAAAAAUCCUCUACCUGACUUCAGUUUGGCUGUCUCCUUGGUAAAUUUCAAUCAUUCAGAUGUUGUCUCCAUGCUUCACUUCAAUCAAUUCUUCCUGUGACUUUAACAGAUCUGCCACAUUUGACAGCAUAGAAGACUCACUUCCACCCAUUCUAGUGAAAAAGUACAUGGUAUUAAAAGCACUCAUGUUAGAGAUGGAAGGCUGAGAGCAGAAAAAGGCUGGAUGGAGCAGGAAGGUCCCUGUCCCUACAGAAUACAUCGACCCCUUGCAAAACUGUGUGAAAAUCAUUUCAAUUCAUGUGUGACAAAAAAAAAAGAAUAGCUUUUUUUUUUCUAAAAAAUGUAUUUGAAUAUUUGGGAUGCCUAUUAUAUACCUAUGUAUCUUUUACGCUGGCCUAAAAUCCCCAUUAACGAAGAGUGAGAUUUGAUUUGAGUAGCACUUUUGCAGUGUUCUUCAUCAUUCCAAAGUUUCAAUGGACUGUCUAGACAGAUUACAAUGUUAGCAAGAAACUAAAAAUACAUUUGACAAUUCAGUCUCAUUCUUAAUUUGCGUGCACGAACCUGCAGAUAAGCUGAUAAGCAGAGAGAUUCUUAAGUGGGUUUCAGUAAUAAAUGUUUUUAGAUGAUAUAAAAUCAAAUGAAAGGGAAUAUUUAUGUAUAUGUAUAAACAACCUUCAGCCCAUUUGAGGAAUCACACUUCAUAACAAAGUUUAAACAUGUCAUAGAGCCUUGAUCUACGUUAUCUUGUCCACAGUAGGAAGUGAAGGAUGAGAUUUUGGUUUUUUUGUGUUAUUGUGCCUGGCAUCCUUCAAAAUUUUGAGCUCGCUGAGACUGACAGCACCUCACUCCAAUCUGAGGGACUGACGGAAUUUAAACAGGCUCAUUGAUUCUGUACGCUAUCCUCUUCCUGUGACAGAGUGAUAAUGGGAUUUCAUUAAUGGAUCAAUUUGUUACAAAUGACAUCCACUGUGGCAUUGGAAGACAUUUGAGUCUAACUCAAAUUUAACAUUUCUUACCCAAUAUUCUUAAAUAUGCAAUCAGUCCCUUAAUCUAAGAGCUCUGGGUCAUGGCUGUCCUUUGUGGACUGCACAGAGCUCAGGAAAAUACAAAGCUAAAUACAAGAUCCCUGAGUGGCCCCAAAGAUCUUUUCUCAUGUGGGCCAGGAGAGCUCACGCCAGACUGGUGGUUUCUUUUCUCUUUCAUUUUAUACCCUAAUACAUAUGCUCCCUGUCGCACAAAAAAGGGGUGGAUAGCUCCUCGAUACUCAUUUCUUUGUAUUUCUGAAAGGGAAAAUGAUAUUUUAAGAAAUGCUUGUUCCACUUAGGAAGGUUUAAAGCUGGAGCAGAGGUGAGCUCAAGCUUGGAGUCUGCAGGAGGAACCUCGAGGCCACAGAGUCACACUUUUCUUCCAUUUUAUUCACUCCACUUAGUAACUUCCCCAGUGACUGAGUCUGGCAGAAAUACAAUCACUCUCAAUUUUUGAAGGGCUAACUAUCUCCUUGGUAGAUUUGUUUUGUCUUCUUUUUUCAACUGUUAGGCUUUAUUUCCUUUCAUUAGCAUUUCACCCUGAGGGUGGAAAAGAAACAUUGGGAAAUCAGAUUCAAAUCAGUCUGUUUCUUUGUUAAGUCUCCAUUUAGCAAAGGAGUUGAAAAUCAUUGGUAAAACAGUCAGUGUAUUAUAUGCCAUGGAUUUUUGCUAUCCAUAAUGUCCCUUUCCCAUCCACCGCAAAUAAUUGAGAGUUGGCUGUAUUCUUGCAAAUACAAAGGAAAAAAAAAAAAAAAACUGUAGCGAAGUAUUUGGCUUCCAUCAAAAGAAACCUGUUUUGGUUUCCUUCACUAUUGAAAUUUUAAGAAGAAGGAAAGGUCAACUCAAAAUUGAGUUAUGAGAAUAUAAUAACAUCUCUUGGUUAAAAAUACACUCUUAUCCCUAUCUUAAAUCUUUGGGGAAAAAAAUGCAUCUUUUUGUUAAUUUUUUUUUUUUUUUUUUUUUUGCAUCACAGUAAUGAGGGUGAAGGACCUAGAUACUCCAGUGGAUUUUUUCUGAUCAUUUCAAGUUUAAGUAGCGUCCAAAGUGUAACUUCAGUGUUAUGCUUUGUAUUUUAAACCCUCUGGUCUUAGAUUCUUAAGAAAGAUGCUCUGUCCUCCUCCCCAAAAUAUGUCAUUUCCUCAUAUAUGAAAAAAUGAGUUAUUUCAUACUUUUCAGGAACUAUAAAAGCUAUUUCAAAGAGACACUUGAAAAAGUUGUCUCCAUUCUGGAAACUAAUGUUUCCAUUUCUUUAAAAAGAAGAGGAAUAUAAUUGGAAUCUUAAUUUUUCAAAAAAUAAAUGUAAAAACGUGCUUGCUAUGAAAUACCCAGUUUCUUUAAAAAAAAA